UAAAGACGACGUGCAUGAUAUUAUUGUACAAUAUUAUUUGGAAUUCCAUACGUUUAUCGAUAGUCUGCGGCCAGGCCAGCCGGUGGCGACGACGAUAUUUAUAUUUACUUCAUUGCAGUUUCUUAUUAUAGUAAGUUGUUUCGCCGUUUAGUGUUUACUCUGUUGCCCGUCGAUUACGACAUUCGUACUAACUGCUAAUAAUUAUUUCCGUCGCAUCUUUUUUCAUGUGCAUAAUACACUUAUUAGUUAUUAGUGUAUUCAAUAUUUAAAUUUCAACCGUGAUUUUGCUGUGGUGGUGAAAACUGAUCGUGUUUGUAUCGUGUUAUUCAAGUAUUCAACAUCAUAAUAUUAUAUAUUAUUUUUACUACUAUAAAAAAAAAAAAAAACCAUGACGUGGUCAGUGGUUCAUUUUAUAUUGGACGAUACCGUCGAAGUUGUACCGGAGCAUUGGUGUGUUAAAAAGGGCUAUUGCGCCUGGCCGAACACAAAAAAAAAAGUGAUCUAAAAAAUGCUGUAAUUAAUAGAAUUAAGCCCAAAAAGAAAACAUUAAAUUUAUAUAAAGCACAGACUUUGGCUUAUAAUAUUGAUGACUUUCAAGUUGCCCAAAAAAAAAUGCACUGUUGCAAAAUCUAAAUCAGACCUUUCCGAGUCUGAGGAGACUGCAAAAACCAGAAAACAACGAAAACAAAAAGUUAUGAUAAACUCUGAUUCUGAAGAUGAAGAGUUUUCUGACGAUGAGUCUGAUAGUAUGCCAUCAUUAUCAUCAACAGAUGAUGAAGUUAAAAAGUCAAAUGAGAAAAAACUCACAAUUUCUAAAGAUCCUGGAUGGUCUCCAUUAAAACGCUCUGUUGUUGAAUCUUCAUAUGCACAUAUUACAUCAACUCCAGUUAAUCAAACAACCAACCAAUUGAUCUCAGAUAUUAAAAGUCUGAAUUCAAAAUCUAAAUACUACCAUAAUGAUAAUGGUAAUAGUGUUCCUUUGAAAGAUGAUGUUAUUGUCCAGACUAAUCAUUCUAUCAAUACUCCUUUCACUACUAAAACAACUGUAUCUCCUCAAAAUACUGUGGAUAAUUAUAAUAGUUGUUUAAACAGUAAUAUCAUUGCUAAAGGAGAUAGCCCACAUUUAUCAUUUGCUAAAAGAAGUUUAUUUUCCGACUUGGAUAAAUCUCAAAACCCUGGUAUAACUGAUAGUCCAAUAAAGAUUUCUAAAAGAACAUUAUCUGAUGAUCAGUAUGCAAAAUUGUGAAAUUUGAUGGUAACAAUAAAGUACAAAUUAAGAUCAAUGCAGGAAAAAUUGGACAUCAUGAUUCAGCGAGAUGAGGAAACCAACUUGACAAAAACUAAGGAUUUGAGUAUAUAUGACACUGGUGAUAUAGAUAAUAAAUUACCAAUCAAAACUCAGGAACAGUUGGAAGAAAUAGAAAAUGAUUUGUCUAACAAUAAACAUUAUCGGUGUCAGAUGAUUAAACGUUUAUCAUCUGUGGGAGGAAAGUCAAUAAAAAUUAUGGCAAAAAGAAUAAUGGCUAUAUUAUUUAUACCAGAAAUAUUAUGUGAAUUUUCAUAUAGUAGUCGUGGUAACAAAAAACUACCAUUUGAGAAAUUGCUUCUAAAUAAAAUUAUUUUUGAUUCUGUCCUUACAAUCAAAAAAUUUUCCAAUGCUGAUAACGCAGCUAAUGAAAUUGAUCAGGUUAUUAAAAUCGUUUCUUGUUGCUCGAACGAAAUGCAAAAAAUAAUUGAUCACUUCGGAUUUAUCAUCUACUGAAGAUGACAAUUAUUCUAAAAUAAAAAAUACAAAUAAUGGAAAAAAAUCAAAAUCAGACAUUGAAACUGAUAGCGAUGACAAUAAUUAUGAAUUACCAGCUUAUGAUUCUGGUGAUAAUAAUUCCAGUACAAAUAACAUUAUUUGUCUGUCUAAGAAAU